GACGACGACACAGUCAAGAUGAAGCUCAACUUUGCCAACCCCGCCACGGGUGCCCAGAAGUCGUACUCGAUCGACGAUGACCGACGCACUAGGAUCUUCUGGGAGAAGCGAAUGUCCCAGGAGGUUGAGCUCGACCAGCUCGGAGACGAGUUCAAGGGCUACGUCGCCCGCAUCGGAGGUGGUAACGACAAGCAGGGUUUCCCGAUGAAGCAGGGCGUUCUCGUUCCCCACCGCGUCAGCCUUCUCCUCGGCGAGAACAGCUCGUGCUACCGCCAGCGUCGCACCGGCGAGCGCCGUCGCAAGUCGGUUCGCGGCUGCAUCGUCGGCCCCGACAUGCAGGCUCUCCACCUCAUCAUCGUCAAGCAGGGAGAGCAGGACAUUCCCGGCCUGACGGAUGCCGACUCAGUCGUGCCCAAGCGCCUCGGCCCCAAGCGCGCGAACCACAUCCGCAAGUUCUUCAACCUGACCAAGAAGGACGACCCCCGCCAGUUCGUCGUUCGUCGUGAGGUUCAGUCGAAGAAGGAGGGUGCCAAGCCUUACACCAAGGCGCCCAAGGUUCAGCGUCUCAUUACUGCCCAGCGCCUGCAGCGCAAGAGGCAUCUUAAGUCGCUUAAGGUCCGCAAGUCGGAGGUGCAGAGGGCGCAGAAGGCGGAGUACACCAAGCUCAUCGCCAAGCGACAGGCCGACAUGAAGACGGAGCGCAAGGCCCGCACCGCCGAGAAGAAGGCUCGCCAGCAGGCUGCCCCGGUCUCGGCCGCCAAGGUCUAAGCCUUCUCCUUUCUUUCUUCAUUGGUCACGGUCAAUCCUCAUCCACAUUUUCAGCAACGAUAAGAACGCACACGCCCUUCUCAUUCAUCCCUCUUGCUUGGGAGGGCAAGAGAUGAGGACUACAAUCCUCCCUUUCCAUCUUCCUCCUAUUCCUCUCCAUAUCUUCUCUCGCUUUCACCACAGAGCUUGAGGACAAAAAGGUGGCCCUCUCAUCCACGAGGGGUGGCCUUCAUGUAAUAUGCACAGCGUAUGAUCGCCAAUUGCAAACAAAAAUCGCUUCAGUUCCUUCCGGAAGUUUGGCUGGGGUGCCUU